UAGCAGAAAGCAAUGACCCGAAAGAAAAGAAAAAAUCAAAAUCACUUUCCAUAGUUGUCAAUAACAAAGUAAUGGCCAUAGCUCCGGCAAUAAUCCUCCAGCCAACUCUCAUCAUCAUCGUCACUUUGCCUGCGAUAUAUUCCAUGACAGAAGCUGAAGCUUUGGUGAGUCUCAAAAGUUCAUUCUCCAAUCCUGAACUUUUGGAUACUUGGGUCCCCGGUUCUGCACCUUGCAGUGAAGAAGAUCAAUGGGAAGGUGUUGCCUGCAACAACGGCGUUGUAACGGGGCUUCGCCUUGGAGGAAUCGGGUUAGCAGGGGAAAUACACGUUGAUCCAUUGCUUGAACUCAAGGGUCUUCGAACCAUCAGCCUCAACAACAAUGCUUUCUCAGGUUCCAUGCCUGAAUUCCACAGAAUCGGGUUCUUGAAGGCCUUGUAUUUGCAAGGAAACAAGUUUUCUGGGGAUAUUCCCAUGGAUUAUUUCCAGAGAAUGAGGUCUUUGAAGAAACUGUGGCUUGCUGAUAACCAAUUCACGGGGAAGAUUCCAUCAUCGCUGGUCGAAAUUCCUCAGCUCAUGGAGUUGCACCUUGAGAACAACCAGUUUGUUGGAAAUAUUCCUGAUCUGAGUAACCCAUCCUUGGUGAAAUUCAAUGUUUCCAACAACAAAUUGGAAGGUGGAAUCCCUGCUGGUUUGUUGAGAUUCAAUGUGAGUUCUUUUUCAGGGAACUCUGGUCUUUGUGAUGAAAAGUUAGGGAAAUCAUGUGAAAAGACAAUGGAGCCCCCAAGCCCUAGUCCCAUUGUUGGUGAUGAUGUGCCUUCUGUGCCACAUAGAAGUAGCUCAUUUGAGGUUGCUGGCAUUAUACUAGCAAGUGUGUUUCUUGUCUCACUAGUUGUGUUUUUAAUCGUGAGAUCAAGGAGAAAGAAGGAGGAGAAUUUUGGCACAGUUGGACAAGAGGCGAAUGAAGGUUCAGUGGAAGUUCAAGUGACUGCACCAGUGAAAAGGGAUUUGGACACAGCUUCAACUUCAAGUACACCGGUGAAAAAAUCAUCUUCCAGAAGGGGAUGUAUAUCUUCUCAGAGCAAAAACGCUGGAGAGCUUGUGAUGGUGAACAACGAGAAGGGCGUGUUUGGGAUGCCCGAUUUGAUGAGGGCGGCCGCGGAAGUGCUCGGAAAUGGAAGCUUUGGAUCUUCUUACAAGGCCGUCUUGGCUAAUGGAGUGGCAGUGGUGGUGAAAAGAACUAGAGAGAUGAAUGUUUUGGAGAAAGAUGAUUUUGAUGCAGAGAUGAGGAAGCUAACAAUGCUUAAACACUGGAAUAUAUUGACACCUUUAGCUUAUCAUUUCAGAAAGGAUGAGAAACUAGUCAUCUCUGAGUAUGUUCCAAGAGGCAGUUUAUUGUUUUCUCUGCAUGGUGAUAGGGGAGCAUCUCAUGUUGAGCUAGAUUGGCCUGCUCGUUUGAAGAUUGUACGAGGAAUCGCGCAAGGAAUGCAUUAUCUUUACACAGUACUUGGUUCCUCGGAUCUUCCACACGGGAAUCUCAAGUCCAGCAAUGUUCUCCUUGGACCAGACAAUGAACCAAUGCUUGUAGAUUACGGGUUCAGCCACAUGGUUAACCCUUCAACCAUUGCACAAACACUAUUCGCUUACAAGGCACCAGAGGCAGCACAACAAGGCCAGGUUUCGCGCAGUUGCGAUGUUUACUGUCUUGGUGUUGUGAUAAUUGAGAUACUGACAGGGAGGUUCCCUUCUCAGUAUCUCAGCAAUGGAAAGGGUGGGGCUGAUGUGGUGCAAUGGGUGGAAACUGCAAUCUCUGAGGGAAGGGAAUCAGAAGUGCUUGAUCCUGAGAUUGCAGGCUCUAGGAAUUGGCUUGGUGAGAUGGAGCAACUCCUCCACAUUGGUGCUGCUUGCACUGAAAGCAACCCUCAGUGGCGGUUAGACAUGGCGGAAGCCGUUAGAAGGAUAAUGGAGAUUAAAUUCGAGGGUGGACAUGAAUCAAGAAGCUUUGCAGAUUCUCAUCAUGGUGAACAAUCACAGAGGAGACAUGGAACAAACAGCUUCGGAAGCUGGGAUAAUAUCGAAUAUGGCAGCUCCUAGGUAACACUAAUAUAGAAUGUCUUCAUGUGUAUGAUCUUUUGGAAUUCCUAGGAAAACCGUGGUAAGUGUGGAUCAGGGACAAGUUUUAUUUGUUACAUGCCUUCGAAUUUUGAAACGUCUAGAUCAGGGAUAUGUAUAAAUUUAUGAUAAUUAAGUUUACUAAUAUCUCAGUUAUAGGA